AUGUGUGAAUAUGUGCGUGCGUGUGUGUGCGUGCGUGUGUGUGUUGUGUAUUUACGUCACCACCCCCACCACAACAGACUAUGCAUUCAGAUAGUGAAACAUUUGGACCUGAACAACAGUCGAGACUGCCUGGUUGGUAUGUUUGACGGGGGUCGCAAUCAGGAACUGCCGAAGCUCAUAGCUAAGAAAGUUCAUCAGAUUGUACUAGACGAAAUAAACCAUCCGACUACCAAUGAAAAGUUCUUGAAAUACUCAAUGUUAACAGCUCACAGGAAUCUCAAACAGACCGGGCAGAAGCUGGGCAUGUCCGGUGCAUUGUGUCACAUCAGAAAAUCAACAUCGAGUAGAAACGGUGCGACUGGCUUUCUACUGACCGUCGCGAAUGUCGGCGAUGUUGAGGCUGUUUUGUGUCGCAAGGGCGAAGCCGUACUCCUCACGCGAAAAUUCGUAGCGACUUGCGACCACGAAGAAGUGCAGAGAGUCUGCAAGUCUGACGGGAUUAUUACGGAGGAUGGAAAAGUUAAC